AUGAUUUACCACGCGAAGGCCGUCAAGGCGGUGAAGUUUAAUAAACUGCGGAACAGUCCCGAGAUCAAGAAGGAGUUGGAGAUCCUGCACACCAAGCGGUCUACGUAUUCAGAUCCAGUACAGAAGCAGUGUCGAACUCUAUGUAAGACUGUAGCCUGGCCAGCAGAGAUCGAGAGGAUCACCACGUGCAAGCGCAACGGGGUGAAGUUUCCUGAUAUUGGGAGCUACGACCCGUGCAAGUGCUUUGGCGACUGCUUUUGGGAUACCUGCACAAACGUGGCAUCGGCGUCCUUCUGCAUGCCCCAAUACUGCAAACUGGGCGCCAUUUGCAGUAACGCACCUCGCAAUCUAAGCUCGCUGAAGCUGUUCGAUACCGGACGGGUGGGUCUCGGCGUUUACACGACCACGGAUCUCGAUGUCGGAGACGCCGUGAAGACAAACACAGGAUACACGCUUCUCUACAACACCAGAUCCGUGAACAAUAAUUACGUCUACGUUGACGCCUUGCGAUGUGGCUCUAUUACACGCUUCAUCUCUCACUCCUCCGAACCGAAUGCCACCUUUUUGGAGCAGCAGACGCGCUCUCGCGUCCGAGUGCUCGUAAAGAUGAUUAAGAAUGUGCAGGAAGGCGCUCAGAUCACCGUGCACUACGGCAACGAGCGCUGGUUCAAAUGCGCCUGUGACCUUUGCUGGAAGGAGCCGAGCAGAACGGGAGAAAGCAGUGGUGACGAGUAG